CCAAAAACCCUCUACAGCUCCUCAUAUGAUACCCACACUACCGCAUAAAACCUUCGUAAUUUUCUCUCCAUCCAAACACGCCCUUAUCUCUUUCCCUACAAAAAUCUCAGUCACACUUUCACAGGAGCCAAACAAACCCUAAUCAGUCUGAAUAGAAAUGCCUUUUUAGCCUUCAAGACGCCAGCUUUCUAGGGUUUAUUUUAUCAAUUCCACCUCUCGCAAAUGAUAUCUUUUGAAUCGGACGCGAAAAAUUCGAAUGAAGAGGAAGAAGAAAAACCUAGGGUUUCUGAACAGGAAGUUAACAAUGUUAGGGUUUCUAAGGUUGAAGAAGAGGAAGAAGAAGAAGGAUCUAGGGUUUCUGAGUUGAGAAGUGAAAGCAGUUUUGAUUUUGAAGAGAGAGAGCAGAAUAACAGGUUAGCGGUAGGGGAUUAUAAAUCUUUAUGGAGUGAAUUUGAUGAUUUUGUUGCUAAUGAAAAGAAUGAAGCAAUGGAAGGUACGUCUAGGGCAUUAAGUUACGGUUUUGAAGUUGGUGAUAUGGUAUGGGGGAAAGUGAAAUCGCAUCCGUGGUGGCCGGGGCAUAUAUUUAAUGAGGCGUUUGCUUCGUCUUCGGUGAGGCGGACGAGGAGGGAAGGUCAUGUGUUGGUUGCGUUUUUUGGGGAUAGUAGUUAUGGUUGGUUUGAUCCGGCGGAGCUUAUUCCGUUUGAUGCGAAUUUCGCAGAGAAAUCGCAGCAGACGAAUUCGAGGACUUUCAUUAGGGCGGUAGAGGAGGCUACAGAUGAGGCUAGUAGGAGGAGUGCACUUGGUUUGGCUUGUAAGUGUAGGAAUAAGUAUAAUAUUAGGCCUGCGAAUGUGGCAGGGUAUUUUGCAGUGGAUGUGCCGGAUUAUGAGCCAGGAGGGGUUUACUCGGUGAAUCAGAUUAUGAAGGUAAGAGAUGGGUUUAAGCCGGGUGAAGCUCUUGCUUUUGUGAAGCAGUUGGCAGCGGGGCCUCAUGGGUGUGAUCAGGAUGGUCUUGAAUUUAUUAAGAAUAAGGCUAGGGUUUCAGCAUUUCGCAAGGCUGUGUUUGAAGAGUUUGAUGAGACAUAUGCACAGGCAUUUGGAGUUCACAAUUCACGGCCUUUGAAUGAUACAGCUAAGGUUUCAAAUCAGCUUGCUAAAGAGCCAGCUCGAGCUCCUUUAAGUGGUCCAUUGGUGAUAGCUGAAGCUCUGGGUGGUGAGAAGAGCUCAAAAAAACCUAUAAAAGUCAAGGAGCAUUCAAAAAGGGACAAAUAUCUCCUUCAGCGAAGAGACGAGCCAAAUGACCCGGGAACUUUUGAAAUUGGCCAAAGGCAAGCAAGUUCAUCAUCCCCAGCCAUUCACGUGGAAGGUUCAUCAGCAGCAGAAGCUGGUGAUUAUGUGUUGCAGAAAAGAGCUCCAGCACCCCACAUUUCAGAAAAACAUGAACAGUCUCCAUUCAUAACCAAAGAAGGUGUUGAUUCUAGUGAAGAUGGUGCUGGCAAAGCAGCAUUACUUUCGAAUCAGGCUCCAGGAUAUGGUGGUGCUAGUUUAAAUGCAAAGCCAUCUCUUGAUAACCAGGAUGCUGUGAAAGAAAUAAAAGGUGAACCAGGAUCUGAUGUGGCUGACAAUCUGAAAAGUGUGGGGUGGUCUGAUUUUUCUGGGAAGGAGCAGCUUAAGGGUGUUUCAGGUUGUACAUCACCAACCUUUCAGGAACAGGAGGGUAUAGUUGACCUUAAAUAUGAAGAGAGUGCAAAAGCAUCCAGAUCGAAUGAAGUUUCUCAGCAAACUGAACUAAACUUUUCUGCAAGAGCUGAAGGAGACAGUGGAUUGAGUAAAGUUCAGGAUGGUGGCCCUGGUUCACAUCUUUCACCACUUAAUGCCUCACAAUCUGGUGGAACAAGUACUGGUACUGGAGUGAAGAAGGUCAAAGUCGUUAAACGGCCUACGGGGCCCCUCAGCUCUGAGACAUCUAUUAUGGGGGAGAAAAAGAAGAAAAGGAAGAAAGAGUUGGGAGCAGAAACUAAUCCUGAUCAUCCGAAGAAGCGGUUGGCCACUGGAAAAGGUGGGGUAGCGGGAAUCUCAUCUGGAAAGUCCACUCAAAUCAGUAUGUCUCCUGGAGAGGAUUUUCAGCUUAACAGUCAGAAGAAAGAUGUUGGAGCCAGCAAUACCUUGCCCAACAGUAUUGAGCUUGAGCUACCCCAGCUACUGAGUGAUUUGCAUGCUCUAGCUCUUGAUCCCUUUCAUGGUGCAGAAAGAAACAGUCCUUCAGUUACAAUGUCUUUCUUUCUUCGAUUCCGGUCUCUUGUUUACCAGAAAAGCUUGGCUUUAUCACCACCAUCUGAGACUGAGCUUGUUGAAGCUCGUGGCGCUAAAUCCUCUUCCAAUAUCGGGGCUUCUGACUAUUCUGCCAGUGAGAAUUCCAGAGGUUUGACAUCUUCAAAACCAGCAAAAUCCCUUGCCAGACUUGAUGAUCCAACAAAAGCUGGACAGAAGCGGUUGCCAUCUGAUCGCCAGGAAGAAAUUGCGGCAAAAAGGUUGAAAAAAAUUACUCACCUGAAGUCAUUGGCUUCUGGGAAGAAGGCUGGACAGAGAAGUUUGGAUACGCAGCGAGCAGAAGGAAAGGAGCCGGUGGCUACCCAGCGAGCAGAAGGAAAACCGCCUGCCGCUACCCAGCGAGCUGAAGGCAAACAGCCAGUGGCUCAAGCUCCUAGAAAGUUAGUUAAACCAGAUUCUUAUAAAAAGAUGGAGCCUCCAGUUAGAGAUACUGAGCCCACCAUGUUGGUGAUGAAGUUCCCUCCUGAGACAUCGCUUCCAUCUGCUGCACAGCUGAAGGCAAAGUUUGCUCGAUUUGGGUCGAUAGAUCAGUCUGCAAUCCGUGUCUUUUGGAAGUCAUCACAAUGCCGUGUUGUGUUCCGGAGAAAGCUUGAUGCACAGGCAGCUCUCAGAUAUGCUGUUGGUAACAAAUCCUUGUUUGGCAAUGUGAAUGUAAGAUACAACCUCCGGGAAGUGGGCGCCCCUGCAUCUGAGGCACCUGAAUCUGAAAAAAGCAGAGGUGAUGACACUUCUGUUGAUGCCACACAGGCCAAGGAUCCUCUGGUGGAACGACAAGCAGCAGCAUUUGCACACCAGCCUCCUUCACAGUCAGCAGGCCAGCUGAAAUCGAUAUUGAAGAAACCAAAUGGUGAAGAAGCAGUACCAGUACCUGGUGGUAAUGGUGGUAGAGGAACACGUGUAAAAUUCAUUUUGGGUGGGGAAGAAACUAAUAGGGGAGAGCAAAUGAUGGUUGGUAAUAGAAACAACUUCAACAACAAUGCUAGUUUUGCUGAUGGUGGUGCUCCUACUACUACUGUUGCUAUGGAUUUUAGUAGUAAGAACUUUCAAAAGGUUAUUCCUCCAUCUCCAUUGCCUAUCCUUCCCCUUCCUACUCAAUUUGCGAAUGACCCACUUAAUAAUUCACACCAUCAUACUGAAGUACCACCCAGAAAUUUGCACAAUUUCAUUAUUCCUCCACCAAGCUCUGGACCUAGUACACCAAGCAUGGAUAUCUCUCAGCAGAUGCUGAGCCUUUUGACAACAUGCAACGAUCUUGUCACCUCUGUGUCAGGCUUGUUAGGCUAUAUGCCUUACCACCCUCUUUGACAACAAAUAUGGGCCGAUACUCGCAACUCUCAUCAAAGGAUUGGACUGCAUGACAAACAAAAAAAAAAGCCAGCCAUCUCCUCCAAAGCUGCACGAUUGCUAUUGGGUGUGAAGCAAUUGAGACACAAUCGACAUGGCCGCCCAAAAUUUUGUCGUGAGAAGCAGCAACUGAAACACAUGGACAUGGGGUCUUUCUUGCCGGGUGCCAUUUAAGCAAAUCCAUCACGAUCAAGUUUGGUGUAAAACUAUGUAGUUUUGAGAGUGGACUAGUCAAGAAUUUGUACCAGUGCCAUCCUUUUGCUUU